GAAAAGGUCCGGAGUAGCUCUGCGUUCUGGAGAGGCGCUUUUGAGGCCGGGGGUAGAUUGCCGGCUGCUGGCGCGACGGCUGAGAAGAACUGCGAGUGGGUUCGGUAUCUCUGGUCUGGAUUUCCGCAACGAUGAGUGCUGCCAGGGAGUCCCACCCGCACGGGGUGAAGCGUUCAGCCUCCCCAGACGACGAUCUUGGAUCUAGCAAUUGGGAGGCAGCAGACUUAGGUAAUGAAGAGAGAAAACAAAAGUUCCUGAGACUCAUGGGAGCAGGAAAGAAAGAACAUACUGGUCGUCUUGUUAUAGGAGAUCACAAAUCAACGUCUCACUUUCGAACAGGGGAAGAAGACAAGAAAAUUAAUGAAGAGCUGGAGUCUCAGUAUCAGCAAAGUAUGGACAGUAAAUUAUCAGGAAGAUAUCGACGGCAUUGUGGACUUGGCUUCAGUGAGGUAGAAGACCAUGAUGGAGAAGGUGAUGUGCCAGGAGAUGAUGAUGAUGAUGAUGAGUCACCUGACCCUGAAAGCCCAGAUGACUCUGAAAGUGAUUCCGAGUCAGAGAAAGAAGAAUCUGCUGAAGAACUACAAGCUCCAGAACACCCUGAUGAUGUGGAGGAUCCCAAAAACAAGAAGGAUGCAAAGAGCAAUUAUAAAAUGAUGUUUGUUAAAUCCAGUGGUUCAUAACUCCCCAAACACUUAAGUCUUUGUAUUAAAAGUAAGCCUUAUUGUUAUAAUGCACAGUGGAGGACUGCUUAUAGAGCACAGACCUUUGUAUUAUAAUUUUUAAAAAGGCCCUUUUAAAAAAUUACAAAGAGUGUUUGCUUUCAGAUGCCAUGGGUUACACUUUUGUGGGCAUGACUAUAACCAUUUUUGUAAAGAGUAAGAGUUGUAUAAAUAAGAAAUAAAUACCGUACUCAGCAUCCUUUCA